UAACUUUCCGGUUAGUUGCUGUGCCGUGACUCUCCUUCACUAACGCUCCUUCCCUUCUCCUCGUCAAACUUGGGCAAGCCAUCACUUUUCUCUCUCUAAAACUCUCUUCUUCUCUCUCGAAAAACUCUCUCUCUUUCUUUUUCUACAACGUGAGAUCUAAGACAUUUCAGAAUUAGGGUUCCUGCUUUUUCCCGAUUCUGAUCCCUUUUUGGCCGCCAUUAGCGACGACAAUGCUGUCGUGGAAAGACAAAGUUACAGAGAAGUUCUCUCAUCUCCUCUCCGAUUCGCCUUCUUCCACAUCUCCAGCACUAGAUCAACCUCAGGUCAGGCAAUACUCUAAGGAUGGAAAAUCUUUGUCAUCAAUACUUUCCUUUAUUCUCCCCUCAGCUGGAUUGUAUGGAUUCGGAUCAAACAAGCAUCAGCAUGAUAUUAAACCAAUUCAAUCACUUCCUGUUAGAUGGAAUAGUAGAAAUUUAUCAUGGCAAGAUAAACCCCUGAAUAGCUAUGCGGAAUGUCCCAACGAAGAAGAUGAAGAGCAUGGGUCUGGAAGGAGCACGGAAAGUAAGAACAAGGGAACAUUUAGUCCCCACGAUGAAUAUGGAGAUCCUGGCUCCGGGACAAGUACAAAUGGUUCUGACAUGUUUGAAGAUGCAACCGACCCACAUUGUAUGGAAAAGUCAAUGCCGUAUCUCACAGAAGAAUCUUCCUUCAUUAAUUAUGACAUGUAUGAGUUUUUGCAGUCGUCCCUUCCUAAUAUAGUGAAAGGGUGUCAAUGGGUCUUGUUGUAUAGUACGGUCAAACAUGGUAUAUCACUUCGUACACUUAUUCGUAAAAGUGCUGAUCUCUCCGGUGUCUGUUUGCUGAUUGCUGGAGAUAUGCAAGGUGCUGUGUUUGGUGGGCUUCUAGAGUGCCCUUUGAAACCUACUGCAAAGAGAAAGUAUCAAGGGACAAACCAAACAUUUGUCUUCACUACCAUAUAUGGUGAACCCAGACUAUUUAGAUCUACUGGUGCCAAUCGAUAUUUUUACUUGUGUUUGAAUGACUUGCUAGCACUUGGCGGGGGUGGAAACUUUGCUUUAUGUUUUGAUGGGGAUCUGUUAACUGGAACCAGUGGACCUUGUGAAACAUUUGGGAACUUAUGCUUGGCUCAUAGUCAAGAGUUUGAAUUGAAGAAUGUUGAGUUGUGGGGGUUCGCACAUUCAUCGCAAUACCUUACCUGAGAAGAUGCUUCACUCCUAUGUUAUUGAAAGUAUAUUUAUAGUUAUAGUUAAUAGUUCCAUUCUUUAUUGUUUUCAGUUUGCUUGCUAUAGCCCUCCCAUCCUAUUUCAUCUACGAGGUUUCUGAUUGUACAUGUAGUAAAUUGAUUUCGAUUAACUGUAAGAUAUCCGAUUAUUUUUAUCUACAUCUUAUAUUUUAGUUGUCUAA